CUGCAACACAACCGGGAGAUAUGGCCACGGAGACUCCGCCCGUGGCGGCGCUCUUUGCCGAACUCAUGACGUCGUUGCAGCGUCGACAUCGACGCAGGCAACCCCCCGACUCGGCAUCCACAGAACCUCCGCAACACAAUGACUCUAACCAGAGCACUCCGCCUUCCCAGCCCCCGUCGUCGUUGAUCCACAUCUCCACACAAGACUUGGACGAUAGAAUCCACGCUGCUGCUGCUCCUCCUGCUGCUACUUCUUCAUGCACCCCCAUGUCCGCAAUUGAUUUCCCGCCGCCUCCUUUCGACUUUUUCAGCAAUCUGUCCGAUGCUAUGGUGACGCCCUUGCCAUCCCCCGUGUGUACAAGUGUAUGUCGUCCGUUGCCGCGUGAUGUUGCAUCUGUUGAUGCUUCCCUUCCAUCAUUGUACAGCCCAGCGACCGAUGUCGAUUGUCUUGACCUGGUCGUCGAUCUACCUCCACCUUUGCCGUCUACGUGCGACACUUGUAGUGUUCGAAACGAGGACAUCCAUCCGGCCCAAGUGUUUCCACUUGCAAUCGAUGCCACUACGCCCCAACCUCGACCCAACGACGUCGAUCCCAUGCCUGGAAAGGUGUCAGUGUUGUCGCCGCAGUCUGCCCUAUUUCCCACGUUGAUCCACACGAUGCUGGACGAGGUGCGAAUAGACAUUACACGCUUUUACGUUCCUCUGGAGGUGGUUACGACCCGCGUGUUGGUGCACAUUCAACGGCACCUGACCGACCUUCUCGACAAGGCUCAUGACGGCAUGACGUUGCGGCGGAUGCGCCAACUCAGCUGUGUCCUGGGCGUGGAAACCAUCUUGAGCUGGCUGGCAAGGUAUGGCACUGUGAGCACUCAAGGCUGGCUACGCGACGCCAUCUUGCACGGGCGAGGCGGGGAACGUGCAGGCCCCACUGGCCCGUUGAUGCUCACAGCUAUCAACUUGACGGGCGUGGUGGUCGAGGUACAGAAACGCGUACAUAGAGCACAGGCCACAGCGCCUUCCAGCGACCCUCCCCCGUUGGUGUCGACGUUGUCGCUGCCAUUGGAGGACGAAGUGGGGUACAAUCAGUACCUGCAUACGGUGUAUUCACCUCGACAUCGCACGACGACCAAGCGAUUCGCCGACGAAAAGGCCGGGGUAGUGCCACCGCCGACCGCAAUGUCCCCUCGACGAGGACUCCAUGUGCUCCUGUCCGAACACAUUUACCGGCAUGAAUACCGAACAGUGUCCAAGCACAUUCCCCGCUUUUCGUCAAAGUCGUCGGUCAUAGAUGUGGCCGACGCCGCCACUCGAAGAAAACGAGGCGUGCGGUACGGCAACGUCAAGGGCAAAGUACACCAGUAACAAGCAGCAGCAACGUGAUAAUAUUAUUCAAAACCCAAA